AUGACCAAGAUCUUACAGGUAUGCAAAUUGAUUGUUUGGGAUGAAUGCACAAUGACCCAUAAGAGGUCACUGGAGGCACUGGACAGAGCGUUGAAAGAUCUUCGUGACAACCAAAAUAUUUUUGGUGGGGCCAUGAUUCUUUUGUCGGGUGAUUUUCGUCAGACACUUCCAGUUAGUCCAAGAUCAACUGUUGCUGAUGAACUAAACGCAUGCCAAAAAUCAUCGAAUUUGUGGCGGUACGUAAAGACAAUACAAUUAACAACUAACAUGAGAGUUUUUUUGCAACAAGAUGAAACUGCUAAUGUGUUUGCGAAGCAGUUGUUAAACAUUGGAAAUAAUAAAGUUGAAGUGGACUCCACGACCGGAUUUAUCAGAAUACCCACAGAUUUCUGUCACAUCACAGACUCAAAAGAGGAGCUUAUUCAUCGUGUUUUCUCAGAUAUAGCGCAACAGUUAAAUAACCAUAAUUGGCUGGGUGAACGAGCAAUAUUGGCGGCGAGAAAUAUACUCGUAGAUGUCGAUGAUCUCAAUGAGAAAAUUCAGAAAUUUAUUCCGGGACAGUUGUUUUCUUUCAAAUCAGUCGACAACGUUAUGAACCAGGAUGACGUAGUCAAUUAUCCAACGGAGUUUUUGAAUUCACUGGAAUUGCCUGGACUACCACCUCACAAUUUGCAGCUAAAAGUAGGAUCAAUUGUCAUCAUGCUGCGUAACAUUAAUCAACCUCGACUGUGCAAUGGAACAAGACUGGCUGUGAAAAAGGUAAUGAACAACGUCAUUGAAGCAACAAUCAUAAAAGGAAAAUACAAAGAAGAGGAUGUAUUGAUCCCACGUAUACUGAUGAUUCCAACGGAUUUACCAUUUGAUUUUAAACGUUUACAAUUUCCAAUACGUCUUGCAUUUGCGAUGACCAUAAAUAAAUCUCAAGGCCAGUCGUUGGAAGUUUGCGGAAUAAACUUGGAAUUUCCCUGUUUCGCGCAUGGACGUAGCAUGGACGUACAAUUAUACGUAGCAUGUUUGCGCGUCGGAAAACCGUCAUCUUUGUUUAUUUAUGCACCAGAAAAAAAAACAAAAAAUAUAGUUUAUCAGAAAGCUUUAAAUUGAUUAACAGACUGUAUCAUAACUAUGUGUGUCUGUCAAUAAAAAAAUGAAACCUUAUAAAUAUACAGUAUUUCAGGAUAAAUCUGUUUUGUAAGUAAGCAACAUAAUGUGUAAUUAAUCGAAAAUAAUAAUAAAAA